AUGUCCGACGUCCCACCAACCGAGUCCAUUCCCAAACCAGAGGAACCUAAAGCACCAGCCCCUGCACCUCAGUUCCAGCAAGUACCUCCGAUUUACUACCAAUUUCCACCUCAAGGUUACUACCCACCACAAGGCUUCCCGAACUACCCUCCUCAGCCUAUGCCUUACUUCCCCAACCCUUGGAUGUUUAUGCAAAACCCUGCCCCACAAUUCCAAUCUCAAUCCAAGAGAGACCAAGAGUUCGAAGAAGGUCUGAACCGCUUACGCAAAGAUUAUGCUACUGCCCCUAUGGAAGACGACAGGCUUCAGUCUCUUCCCUCAAAUCGACCGAUUCGACUCGUACCACAGAUUCG